CUUCCAGCUUUACAGUGUUUCUGCCACCUCUGUACAAAAGACAAUUUCACGUGUGUGACAGAUGGGCUGUGCUUUGUCUCUGUCACAGAGACCACAGACAAGGUUAUACACAAUAGCAUGUGUAUAGCAGAAAUCGACCUAAUUCCUCGAGACAGACCGUUUGUAUGCGCACCCUCUUCAAAAACUGGGUCUCCUACUACAACGUAUUGUUGCAAGCAGGACCACUGCAAUAAAAUAGAACUCCCAACUACUGUAAAGCCCUCAUCCGGCCUUGGUCCUGUCGAACUGGCAGCUGUCAUCGCUGGACCAGUCUGCUUCGUCUGCAUCUCACUCAUGUUGAUGGUCUAUAUCUGCCACAACCGCACAGUCAUUCACCAUCGAGUGCCAAACGAAGAGGACCCUUCAUUAGACCGCCCUUUCAUUUCGGAGGGUACUACGUUAAAAGAUUUAAUUUAUGAUAUGACAACAUCGGGUUCCGGAUCAGAAACUGUCACAGGGAUUCAUGAAGAUUACCAGUUGCCUUACUACGAUCUUGUACCUUCUGAUCCGUCAGUUGAGGAAAUGAGAAAAGUUGUUUGUGAGCAGAAGCUACGGCCCAAUAUCCCAAACAGAUGGCAGAGCUGUGAGGCCCUGAGAGUGAUGGCUAAGAUCAUGAGAGAAUGCUGGUACGCCAAUGGUGCAGCCCGACUCACAGCUUUGCGGAUCAAGAAGACGUUAUCACAGCUCAGUCAGCAGGAAGGCAUCAAAAUGUGA